CAUUUAUAUCUAAAAUCAUAAAGGGACUAAGGUUGAAAAUCGGUAAACUAACAGAUGAAAGAUUGCAAAGAAUGCAAGAAACUUUGUCUACUAUUAAAACAAUUAAAAUGUAUACGUGGGAACAGAUAUUCGCAAAGAAAAUAGAAGAGGCUAGGGUGUAAGUAUUUUCUUAUUUUACUUUCGAACUUCGCUCUAUUACACGUAGGAUUAAGUUCCCCACAGAUUAAACACACACUAUAUUAUUUCCCGAUAAUUUCUCUAAUUGCAAUUUUUGCGUUGUUUUCUCCUUAUGUUGUUGCAGUUUGUAAUUCUUCUAUGGCUCUGAAAGUAUUUCAGUCACUUUGCUUAGAUUACAAAAUGUUUUACUUAGAAGCCUUCAAUGAUUCCAAAGUCAAAUCGGAGAGGGAUCUGAGGGUUAAUAAGUGAGUUCAACAGGUUUUGUAGAUUGAUACAUAUAAAUCUCAAACAAGGUCUCAAAAGGAUUCUCCAUCAAUAAGGGGUUAAAACAAGGAAGCUGUCUGUCGCCCACACUCUUCAAGAUAUACCUGGAACACGCACUAGCACACUGGAAAAGGAAAUAUGACCAAAUAAUCUUGGCACAGGACUACGAAGACUUAGAAUAUAUGACAAGAAAGCUAGUAGAGGAAUACAGGAAAUGGGGUCUAGAAGUAAAUUUUAGUAAAACGGAAUAUAUGUGUAUUGGAGGAGAACAACAAAAUUUAAUACUUGAAGAAACACAACAAAAAAUAAGUCAUUGUACAAAAUACAAAUACCUCGGCAUGAUCAUCACUAAUGAUGGAAGAUUAGAUGAAGCAAUAGCACAAAGAAAUAACCAAGGACGACAAGCAAUAAGACAACUAAAUAGUGUAUUGUGGGACAAACAAAUAUCCAAGGAAAACAAACAUCGAAUAUACAAUAGCAUAAUAAAAAGUAUAACAACAUAUAGUAGCCAAGUCUGGCCUCUAAAAGAAAAAACAGUCAAAAUGCUUGAAGCCACAGAAAUGGAUUAUUGCAGACGCGCGGCAGGAAUAUCAAGACUGGAAAAAAUAAGAAACGACAGAAUCAGGGAGAUCAUGAAGGUGCAACACACGAUUACGGAAGACAUUAGGGUGAAUCAGUUAAGAUGGUACGGACAUGUCCAAAGAAUGCCUGAAGACCGCAUACCCAAACAAAUUUUAAAUUGGGCACCACAAGGAAGAAGAAAGAGAGGAAGACCAAGAUUAAGUUGGAGAGAAGGUAUCGAGAAGGAUAUUCGAGAGAGAGAAUUGGAAGAAGAUCUUUGGGAAGAUCGAGAAAAAUGGAAACUGGGAAUCGGAAGACGGCGAAGAACGUUUUAACCCGAUUAAUAAAAAAAAAUCUCAACCCCUUAUUGUUUUUAUUCUGGACCCUCAUAAAGUAUUCCAUUCCAGUUACCAUCCACAAUAAAUCGAUCUCUUUGAAUGGAUGAUAAAUGGCAGAAACGUGAAGGAGUCAAAGUGACCUUCAAUAGAAUUUGUUGUUGCUUUUAUUUUUGAUGUUGAUUAUGUUUCCAGCUCGUGGUGCUCAAUUUUUUUUCUAUUUAUUAUUACUGUGCACUCGUGGGUGGUACUAUCCAGAUGUAGAGUGUUGUAUGU